AUGGCAGCCGAAUUUAACCAAGAGCCACCGCGGCCGAGAAAGAGCUCGGCUGCAGUGAGCGAGCCCACUGCGCAGGCAUGCAAUGCAGGUGAUGUCAUUUGCGUGCCACCUUGGACCAGGAAGUUUUGUGGGUGUCGGCAGCAGGCAGGAGGGGAGCGCUGCAGCGUGGGUUUCAUCAAGUCCGGGGUCCGGCCCACGGUUGGGCACCACAGAGUUCACACCGGGGAGAAGCCAUACACCUGCUGUGAGUGCAGGAAGGGAUUCACUUGUUCGUCCCUUUUGCUGAGGCAUCGUAGACUUCACAGUGGGGAGAAGCCAUACACCUGCUCCAAGUGCGGGAAGGGAUUCACUUCGUCGUCCCUUUUGCUGAGGCAUCAGAGAAUUCACACUGGGGAGAAGCCAGUUCACACCGGAGAGAGGCCGUACACCUGCUCCGAGUGUGGGAAGGGAUUCACUCGGUUGUCCCAGUUGCAGACGCACCAGAGAUUUCACACUGGGGAGAGGCCAUUUACCUGUUCAACGUGUGGUAAGGGAUUCACUCAGUCGUCGCAGCUGCUGAGACACCAGCAGGUUCACACCAGGGAGAAGCCAUACAGCUGCUCCGAGUGUGGGAAGAAAUUCACUCAGUCGUCUGAGCUGCUGAUACACCAAGUUCACACCGGAGAGAGGCCGUACACCUGCUGCAAGUGCGGGAUGGGAUUUACUCGAUCGUCAAAUUUGCGGACACACCAGAGAGUUCACACCAGGGAGAGGCCUUUCAUCUGCUCAACGUGCGGUAAGGGAUUCACUCGGUCGUCCUACUUGCUGACACACCAGACAGUUCACACCGGGGAUAAGCCAUACACCUGCUCCGAGUGA